UCGUCCGCGCAGCAUCUUGGGAGACUCCACCGACUUUGCGCAGGCGCGUCUAACCCUACAAGACACACCAGAGCCCAUAAUGUACAGAUAUACAGCGGGCACGCCGUGUCCUGCGCCUUCAAACGCAUCAUUCCCCAGCAGUCGUUACUAUGAUUACGGACAUCCUUCGUCUGUUUACGCGCCGAGCCACGUCGAGGACGGCACGACGGCAAACAUUGAGUUCACGACCGAGAUACAACCAAAGCCGCGCACUGUCAAGCCACGCCGACCGACACGCGCCUCGCGCCUGGCGACGUUCAAUCCCGGCCUGGACAUCUUCGAAGAUGUCGCGCACGAAGAAGAGCAGCAGCAACGCCAUGCAGAGGUGGACACACGGAGAAGGAGUCGCGCGCCAGCCAUGCCUGAGUACGCGCGAGUAAGGAAGAGCACGUUGCUGGCGCAACCGGCACAGAAGAUUCCAAGGGCGCCGCCAUCGGCCCAAGAGCCUCCCGUUCUCAAGUCGCAUCGCAAGCGCCUGUCACAGGUCUUGAUGGAGAGGGAGUCACUCCACGUAGACGCGACAAUCGAGCUGCAGGAACAUCUGCUGGAGAAGAAGGAGCUUAAGAGAGGGCCCAAGAAGGACCCGCGCCGCAGGACCAUCUACGUGCCUUCAGACGACACGACCUACCUCACGAUCCACCCGGGACAGUCGGUGCACGAACCGCGCAAAGCUCGAGAGACAUCGCCCGACAUUGGGCUGGACCUGGUCACGGUCUCAGACGAGGACACCACAAGCCUGGUCUCGGCGCUGAAGAAAGAGAAGAGGGUCACGCGCAAGGCCCUGGGUGCGGCGCCCAAGCGGGGGCCGCUGAGCACAUCUUCGCGAUCACUCCAGAGCGUCUCGUUCUCGAGCGAUGUCGCAGGCUCUGGCGACGGCAAGGAGAAUGUCCCACCAGGCACGGCCAUUGUCGAGCAGAAGAGCACCGGCACGCACAUUGAGAUCAGCUUCCCAAAGGCAUUGACCAAGAGCACUAAUGUAGCUGAACCGCCCAAGGUCCGGGUCAAGAGCUCUGAUGCGACGUCAUCGGUGAAGUCUGAGGCUCGGUCUCGAGCCAGGCCAGAGGUGCGGACAAGACCGGAAGGCUCAGCGCAGAAGAGGUUGCGCGAACAGGUCAGCCGUGAGCACAUGCCAACAAGCACCAAGUCGAUCAAGUCUCGAGCAGACGGCACAGCCUCCGCAGCCAGCAGUCUCGCAGCACACAAGGCAGCUCUCAAGGAACACAACGCAGCCAUCAAGAAUGCGAAGCCCAGGAUCACGAAGACGCGCCCAGUCUUACCUCCCUCGUCUUCGCCGUUCCACACCGACAAGACCCCGCCUGCUGCUCUGCGCCGCCAGAAGCCCGAACGUGCGCCCGCAGGCAUCCAGAUGAUAUCCGUCGUCGGAAAGCCGGAGCGGAAGUCGCGCGAGAAGUACCCCGUGCUCAAGGAGGACAUUGCGCGACCAGAGAUGUACGAGGACAACUGGCUCACGUAUCAGGAGGUCGCCAUCACACAGCUGUUGAACUCGAUGUUCGACGCAGCCAACGCCAGUCCCAAUGACGAGCAACCGCCAGAAGAACUGAGGAGGAGGAUGCUUGCCUUGUACCAUGAGCCAUCAAUGCCUCCCCUGCACAAGCGACUGCAGGCUUCUCUGCAGUUUGGGGCUCUGAGCAUACCCAAGGACCUGCUGACUCAGACGUUGCGACUCAAGGACGAUGUGGGGGUGAGGAAGAAGUUUCUGACGCUUUGGACUAAAUCCUACGAUCUCACGGCCCUCCGGGCAGCAGCUGAGGCUAUCGUGGGACGUCAGAUCACGACUCCGUCUCGUCUUUCAACCGGGUCAACCGCUUCCGACGACGGGUCGCGCAUGCUCCGUGCUGAGCGACGAGCUAUCGAGCAUUUCUUGGACGCCUUUCUCAUCAAGAAUGACGAUGCGGUCCGCGUCAAGCCGGGAGUCGGCAGCAUCGCCAGCAUCACACGGGGCGACGAUGACUUUGGAUCGCAGGGCUGGUCGUGGAGACGCACUGCGCUACGCAGUCUGAUGCUUGUGCUGCUGCUCGAUCAGGCCAAGAACGCCGACGUGCUGCCCGGCUGCCUGUUCCAGUCGACGUCGUCCUACAAAACGUCUGUUGACGUGCUCCACCAGCUCUCUACAAUGCUUCUCCCAUCGCACGGCGACAUCACACGACCGCUUGGCCACCUUCAGUACAGGGUCGAACACGUGCAGUAUCCGCUUCAGGAGUAUACCUACCAUAUCGAAAACAUUGCUGUCGAUGUUCGGGACGGCAUCGUUCUCACUCGGCUGGUGGAGCUGCUCUUGUACCCGUCCAGGAGCCAGCACGACGAGACCGUCACCAUCUCCAUGCCCAGCGGCGAACUCUUGACUUGGGACACGACCCAAAAGGACAGCUGGGCGCUCUCGCAACACCUCAAAUACCCAGCCAUCGGCCGCGCUCAGAAAACCUACAACGUCCAGGUCGCCCUCUCAGCGCUCGAAGGCGUCCGUGGUCUGCCCAGCCAAGCGGCAGGCGCCAUUUCGGCCUCGGAGAUUGUCGACGGUCACCGCGAGAAGACGCUCAGCCUCCUGUGGUCGCUUGUCGGCAAGCACGGUCUCGGCAGCCUGGUCGACUGGCCGCACAUUGUGCAGGAGACGCAGCGGUUCAGAGCGCAGUGGUGCGCACGGCACACCAAGUUCGCGGAAGACGACCUCGACUCGGACAGCGGCAGCGGCAGCGGCAGCGGCAGCGACAGCGACAGCGACUCUGCGCCGCAGAAACCUGGCCUGGACCACUACGCCGCCCUCCUGCUGAGCUGGGCGCGCGCAAUCGCCCGCCUGCACGGCCUCUGCGUCGCCAACCUGACCACCUCCUUCGCCGACCCCAGAGUCCUCGAACACAUUGUCGACGAGUAUCUCCCCGUCGACACGUACCUCCCCGCCGCACCCGCGGGCAAGCCGAGCCUCGCAGCCAAACUCGCAGCCGCGGGCUGCUCGCCCUCAUUCAUCGCGCUCUUGACUCCUUUGCGCGCCUCCGCCCGCUCAAUCCCCAGCAGCGACUUUACGCUCCUCGCCCUCGCCUUCCUGGCCAGCAGACUGCUGCCCCUCAGCGCCCGGCACCGCGCCGCGCGCACGAUCCAGACGCAGUUCCGCCGGUUCGCGAUGCGGCGCCAGGUGGCGGCGCGGAUUAGCGCGCUGCGGAUCGCGCACGCGGCGGCGCGGGUGGCGCGCGAGAGGACAAGGGUGCAGGCUGCUGUGGUGGUGCUGCAGCGCCGUUGGAGGGCGGUGCUGGAUGCGAGGCAGAUCCGGCUCGAGGGCAGGGUCGCGGCGUUCCAGGGCCUGGCGCGCGGGUGGGCGGUGCGCAGGUGGGCGCGCAGAGCUACUGCGGGCCGGGUCGGGGGAAGGGAGAGGGUGAGAAGGGUUAGGGGCGGGUGGUGAGCGGCCAUGUCUGGGCCGUGUGCUCGAUGCUGUGCUUUUUGGGUUUGCUUCUUGGCCGGCGCUGUUCGAUAUCUUGUCCCGGGGUUGUGAAUCGCAUUC